AAUAAUCUCGAGGAUCCAACUGACAGCACAAUGGCAGAAGUCCCUGCAGCCGCCACCGCCACCGCCGCCGCCGCCGCCGCCGCACCGGCUGCCCCAGCUAAGGCAGCAGCAAAAGCACCGAAGAAGAAGACGACCGCUAGGAAGAAGGCUGGUCCUGGUGCCGCUGAGCUCAUCUUGAAAGCGGUGACCGCCUCUAACGACCGUAAAGGGAUGUCUUACGUAUGCCUGAAGAAGGACCUGGCCGCUCAGGGCUACGAUCACACCGCCCACAUUAAACGCGCCGUCAAGAAGUUGCUGGAGAAAGGAGCCCUUGUGCAGCUCAAGGGAAUCGGAGUGUCCGGGUCCUUCAAGGCGGCCAAGCCCGCUGAGAAACCCAAGAAGGUAGUGAAGAAGCCCGCCGCCAAAGCCAAGAAGCCGGCAGCGAAGAAACCCAUCGCUAAGAAAGCCGCAGCCGCCAAGAAGCCAAAAGCCGCAACACCCAAGAAGGCGAAGAGGUCCGCUACCCCCCAGAAAACCUCCGUGAAGAAGGUUACAAAGACCCAGAAGAAGAAGGCAGUGACCCCCAAGAAGGCAAUGACUCCCAACAAGGCAGUGACUCCCAAGAAAGCUGCGAAGAAGGUCGUUAAAGCCAAACCAGCGAACAAGACUGCAGCGAAGAAGACUGCAGCGAAGAAACCAGCGAAGAAGUAAACACGCUGCUUCACCCAUCAAAAGGCUCUUUUAAGAGCCACCCACAUACACUAAAGCACUUUUCCUUAAUAUAUGUUAUGCUAUGGGUGUACAUAUGUUAUAUUUAUUAUAUAUAUAAUUAUUGUGCACAACUAUUGAGAAGCAGCAAUGAUUAAACUAUAAAUACAGAAAAGGUUCUCCAGUAAAAGUCAAAUAUAUAUAUAUAUAUAUAUAUAUAUAAUAUAUAUGAGUAAUGCAGUACAACAUGGGUUAUGUAAUGUAGGGACUCUAAUAAAUUGUUGGUAUAAUUUAUUCAUAGAAGAACUUUUCAUUCCCUAAUUAUUGAUUAAUAAAAGACACAAGUGUGUUCUCUUAUAACUCAUUUACUGUACAGUACUCUUAUUAUUCAUUGUUAUGGAAGUACUCAUUAAAUAAUUUACUCAUCAUUA